AUGUCUUCUCCCCGAUCUCCACAGCCAAUAGAGGACGUGGACACGUACAACGAAAUGCCGGAGUCUCAAUCCUCCCCCUUCGCGAUAUUCCCUCAAGCCGAAGCAGUAACGCCUCCUCUACCAUUCUCCACUGUUGCCACACCGACGGCACUUGUCGAACGAGCGCACAUUGUACUCGGCCCUCAUGGAAAAUUCCCCCUAUUUCCCUUCUUUCCCACCGAGAUACGUCUAAAGAUCUGGAAGGCGAACCUCCGACCACAAAUCCUCCAAGUGAUCUACGACAUCACCCUUGAGAGCCAUCGGAGACGUACCUACAUGCACGGCCGUCAAUACCGCGCUGCGUGGCGCUUCAUGUCUUCACCAGCCGCCAACAUGCCGAACCGCUUCAUCUGCCAGGAAUCCAGAGCAGAAGCAGGGAAGGAAACUACCGGGUACGAGUUGGUUAGGCUGAUGGACGAUGCGGCCGAAGCUCGUUGGUUCAAUUACGAUAUCGAUUCGGUCUUCCUUGAUACCAAUGCCGAGUCACACUCGCCUUAUGAUGGGGAGGACUACGACCCAUAUGUCGACAAUGUACUGCCACCGCUGGGACAUCCAUUUCUUCACGGUACCCGCCUGCGACGAAAUCUUAAGGUGCUCGCUGUCUCUGAUACGUUGUGGACCGACUGGCCGUUCUCUGCAGAUAACGGAUCGGUUGCAUCAUGCGAGAUGUGCCCAGGUUUUCGCUGGGAUAAUACAAAGGACGAUUUCAAGAAGAUGGUUGAGAAGAUGGUAUGCCUGGAGAAGUUGCAGGUUGUACGCACUGGUAACCGCCCAGAUGGUGGAAGUGGUGGACUCAAGCUUGGGAAGAGAAACGAGGAGGAUCCCUAUGGAAUAUCAUUGCUCCGUCGGGUCAACGAGUGGAAGGAAGAAAAGGGCUUGAAGAUGGAGGUGGAAGUUUUGGAGCUUGUCGGUUAA